UUUUCAUCCCAAGGCAGCGGCGAGAUGGCGGCGGCCGAGGCCGAGUGAAGGAUGAAGAAGAAGGGGGAGGAGGACGAGGCGACGAGCAGCGGCAGCACCAACGCCAGGCCGAGGCGGACACGGCUGCAUCCCAGCCCGGGGCCUUCUGGCGAGCGAGGAGCCGGCCCUGGCUUGACCCCCCCGGCGCGGACCGGCAGGCUGAGCCGAGGCUCUAGGUCCGCCGCUAGGCCCCGGGCGCCUGAAGAAAUAUUGUCAAAUAAAACUCCUAAGAGGAUAUUGAAAAAACAACAGCUCAUUGCAAACCACAAUUCCCCUGUCAAUGACAAUGAGUUACAACAAGAUAUUUAUUGGGACCAACACUCUCCAACCACAUUUAAAUUAGGCACCGAAAAGAAGUCAAUUGCUGGGCAACAUGCAGUGGAAAUAUCUGACAUUGUAAAGCGUAUUGCUCCACAGCGAUCCUCUGAAGUGCCUCUGAACAUAUGGCUGGGUGAAGAUGCAAUCCAGUGUAGCCCCACCAUUUCUUUUCGAGAAAGGAUCAAAACAAGUAAUUCAAGAUUUCAAAGGAGCACAGAUGAAGAACUGAUGAAGUUAGCAAAAGAAUUUGACCGAAAUAUGGUGGAACAGGAUGUUGGUUGUGGUCAGGAAGCCAGUGAAGUUGACUGGACUUCAGAUUGUGCAGAUUUGGAACAGACACCAGGGGCAGAACAAUUGAAUUGUGAGCGUCCAGCAUUGGGACAGAUACCUGUGACUGGAAUCACCGGGCCAGUUAAAGGUGGUGCAGGUGGCACCCUUCCUGUAAUUGAGCUACACAAUCAGAAUAGUAGCCAGGAGGCACUAGAUUUAGAAGCUGAAGCUGCUGUUAAUGCCUUGUUUGAUGGACCCACCCAACAUACUGGUCGACCUCUGAGCCAGGGCUUCUCAGGCAAUGACACUUCAAGUCCAAAACUGGAGGAAUCCUGUGUUUCCGAAGUAAUUUCCAUACCUGCACAACGUGCUGUAGACCCUGACAAAGGCACUAAUACAGCAGUAGUCAAUCCAGUGUCGUCCUGUCUAACUGGUAAACUACCUAGCGCCCUUCAAGCAUUGAAGCCAUUGGAAAAUGAUGCAGGUAGCAGCACUUUCUUUGACCAGGCUGCAAGCUCCAAGCAUGACAAAGGUUUUGCUUGCGAAGCCAUCACUACAGUUUGUGAAUUGGAUCAGCAAGGAGAUACUAAUGCCCAAUUCAUAGGUAAGGCAGCAGCAGUUUGCACAUCUGAAACCAUUCCAGAGGAUGAUGGAUUCGAUGACUGGGAGAAUGAUGACUGGAUGGCAGAGGACUCUUUUAUAAUGCAAAUUACACAGAACCCAGAACUUAUAGCCACUCCCAAGGAAUGCAAGCAUCUCCCAAACCAAUCAAGUCACACCUUAAAUGCUGCUAACCAAAAUGGUACAAACAAAUUCAAUGCUUCAACCAAUUUGGAGGCUGCCCCUGCGAUUGUACCAUCUGUGUCAUUUGCUCAGCAGGUGUAUGGUUCUGUUCACAAACCUAAAGACUCUGAAAUGAUAGCUAAAACCUUGCAGUUUGAAAAAGGAUCUGAGAGAUCAAAGCCAAGGGCUACAUUUGCAUUACAAAGCAAAUCUAUAGAUAAGGUGAGUGAACAGGCACCUCGUGACAAAAUUCAACAAAGCAAUGUAUUUGAACCUGUAGUUAAUGCCUUGAUAAAAAAUGAACAGAGGAAUUCUGAAGUUCCAAGACCUCAGUGCAAUUCUCAUCUGUUUAACGGAUCUCGAAUAGAAUCAACUUCCUUUACUCACACAAUACCUUUUAAUCAACAGACAUUGUACAGUGUUGGUGCACAGAAGAGUACAAAGAAUUCCUUUGUUUCCCUGAGCAGUUCAGUGCUUGCCAAAUCCCUUGAUCAGUUGGGAUCUGGAAAACCCUCUAGUGCUGGUUCACCAAGGAGGGUUGGUACCUCGCUGCAGAGUGCUCCGGCUGCAAUGCCAGCUGACGACUGGAAUGAUGAAAACUUCUCUGAUGAAAUUCAAAACAUGUUUACUGAAUUGGACAGUCAGUGGGAAAUUGGUGAUGAUGAUGAUGAUUUGAACAGGAUGUGUGAUGAUGUAGAAAAGCUGAUUCAAAGCCAGGACUCUGGGACAGCUAUAAUCAGUGAGGCUGCUGGACUAGACAUAGCAAACAGCAGCCAGAGUAUAACCAACAAUGCUAUCUUGUCUUUGAACAUACAAAAACAUCAGUUUACUGAGAGGUUGGAGGGACAGCAGAAGCAUUUCAAUUAUGAUCAGUCAGCUGUCGUAUCAGAAAGCAAAGUCUUUAGAGGACAGUUAGCAGCAAAACAAAGUAAUGCACCUUACACAAAGCAUUUGUUAAGGCCCACAGAUUUGACAGGCUUGGUGUGUUCUGCAGCUACACUCCCUACGCAAAGCCAUCAUUUGAAUUCCCUAAGCAGUUUCCAGGAUAGUUCUUCGUCAAGCACUACCACCAUGUGUGCAAUGAAUUUGAACAGAACCAAAUUUGUGCCUGCCUCUAGAACUGGUGCUGGCAUUUCCAAUUUGCUUCAAGCUUCAGUCAGUACAAACCUUGGCCAUAGCCACAAACUUUCUACAUGUACCACAGCCGUGGCUCACACAGCCGGCACUCCCAGGACUCCACAGUUUAACUUCACUAAAAUUACAAAUUCUUCUGUGAUGGGUACUUGGGGAAACACCAGCAGUCAUAUAAUGCAAAGGGCAAAAACUUUUGGCAACAAAGAUCAUGAGAAAAGCCCUAUGGAAAGAAAUGUUCAGUCAAGUACAUUUUCCACAGCAACACAAUGUCCAGCAGCACCUCUAAAGAGACAUUUUUCUGAUUCUUCUUUACAGACCAAAGUUAUGGAGAAGCCAGUAGCAAAAUGCUCAUUGCAAGAGAUUGAACAGAAGAAAUUGGCAGCAUUAGCUCGGAGGAAGAUGAAAAUGCAAGCCAGCGAUGCUCGUUCAUCAUUUACGUGACUUUGUAGAUCCAAAGGAUGACUGGUUAUUAUAGGAAUGUGAUGAACAAAGUCGCACUUGACUGAAAGAGUAUACAUUUUCUUCCCAGAGAAUCAACUCUGCAUUUUUUUCUUUGCAGUGUAGCUUGCCAAAUGAGUGGAGGCUUGUGUUGACUUAUGAAAAAGUGUAUGUGUUUACAUUAUAAUUAAGUUAUUAAAAAAGCACAUUACAAUAUUUAUCCCACUGGUGUGUUUCAAAUAUCAUGACUUAAAAAUCUUUGUGUUUUUAGUCCCACUUUUUCUUUUUACUCCCCUUUGCCUCAUUUUGAGACUUUGCUCCUUGCUGUGUUUGCCUUGUGAUUAUUGGACUGUGAAGAGCAUUUCAUCUGAUCCCAAACUAGUCUGAGACCAGUACAUGCAGUUCCAUCAGGAGUGGAGCUCACCACUGGUUAGGGAAGGGAACCCUGGAUAUUUUCCCCUUCUAUUGUGAGGAUUUUAGAGCCUUAGUGCCACCCACUUGAGAUAAGUUAGUUUCAUAAAGGCUCUGGAUAGAAGCUGACACUACCUUGACUAUUGUGGCUGAAUCACCAAAGGUCCUAUCUGAAAACUAUUGAGAACCAUUUUGUAUUUUGCUUGAACUAUGAAUGAAACCUGAGGGUAUGUUCUCAUAGAAUUAUAACCAGUCAUUGGAAUCCUCUGCCACUCUUUAAUUCAACAAUUGACAACUUCUACAACCAUCAUUAAAAUAAUGCAAAUUUCUGUUUCUUUGCAAACAAGCAAGUUGUUAUAAUAAAAGGGAUUCUUAUUGUAAAAAAAUGCUAAUACUUUGUACUGGUUUUAAUUUCUUUAAGUUUGCCUUGCAAAUUUUGUUUUUGCUUUUAAACUUUUGGUUUGGUAGUACAAAGUUUGAACAUUGCUGAGAAAAGAUGCAUUUUAUCAAAGUUUGUUGGCUUGUACUCAUCAGAACCAUUCACAAGAAUGUAAAACAGAGUAAUAUUUUACACUAUGAAAAGAGCAUGCUGAUUGGUUGGAAAGAGUCUACUUUUCAGACAAUCAGGACUCUCUUAUUCUAUAUAUAAAAUAUUAUUGCCCUUUGCAUUUAUAUUUCAUGUGAAAUGCCCUGAAGAGUGCAAGACAAAGUCUUCACUAAAUGUAUAUUUUCUUUUGGCAAUUGUUAUGUUUUAAACUACCUUGGAUUCAUGUUCCUCAUGCAAAUGAAUAGAACCCAAACAUUUCUUGUACACCAUUUGAGUGUUGCCAUUAACCCAUUAUUGGCCCAAAGGUAUACCUUGACGGAUCAUGCAAUAACGCUAUGUCUUUGUUCCGGAUUUUUGCUGAUGUGUCAAUUGGUGUCCACUGCUGGAAAGUUCAACUCUUUGUUAUAAUACUUAAUUUGCAACUGAGCUUACUGAUGACUCCGUGCUGUUAUACAGACUUGGGAAAGUGUUUAAUUUGGUUUCAGGAUACCACACGAAUGAAGCUCUUAUGACAUUUUAAUUCUUUCUUUGUUACACAAUGUGGCUUAGAUUUAGUAGCUUUGCCAAAUCAAGAUUUUGCUAUAUAAAGUUUCUAUUUUUUUCUAACCUACCUCAGAGCAUGAGCAUUUUUCCUUGAUUCUAGCCAGUUGAUGCUUUGCAGUUCAGUUGACAAUUACUGAUUUCUGACGAUGUACUUAUCAGAUAUUAUAUAGCACACCUUUGUAGUAAAAUUUUAAUGUUAUUUUGUUUAAGAUGCUUGCACUACACUGUUAAUGUUAGAAAUGAAAUGGAGUUGAAUAGCAUUGGUCUGAAUCUGUACCCUUACUAUUUUUAGGUUGUUUCUAUUGGCCUAUGUACAUUCUGUAAUACUUUGGCAACUGUACAUAUGUAAGUGUUUAUGUAUACCUGGUGCUUUUUAACCAGUGUCUAGACGUCUAAUUAAAAAGAAUU